UUAGAGCUUUGGCUUAGUAGAGCGCGGGCGGCGCGGACUGGCUGGGGAUGGGGAUGAGGAUAGGGAUGGGCAUGACGCACCCGAAGCUAACGUAACGGUGGAAAACAGGCCACGUGACGUUACCUCGGACUCGGACUCUUCCACGGCGGAGUGGGCCACCGAGUUGCUUCGCGGAGUCCCGAUCUCAAAGCCGUGUUUGUUUCUUCCCAGAUUUCGUCACAAAAGUGUCGAGAUGGCGCCCCCUACGCUCGCUUCUGUCAUGACACCAUCUUUGUUAUCUACCAUUCGAAACCAUCCCACUUUACCGCCUCAUGGCUGGUACAUCGUUGCAGCUUCUGCAUUGACUAUUCUCAACAGGCCCGACGAGGUAGCGAAGGUCUGGUCUUUUGCCAUUGAAGAUGGGAGCCAUGGUGUGAAACACGAGCCGGACCAGGAGCGCCAGCGCAGAAUCACCAGGAGGAUCAGGGAGGCACUCAUCAAAACAUCAGCAGUUGGAGGAGUGCCAAAGACAAUCAACUCCCUUCUGUCUUUGAAGCAAGUAACCCCUCCUGAACUGAUUGAUGAGCCUGGGUCCCCUUCACCGACUGGCAGAUUGAGAGACCUCUACGAUGUGCCGGCUUCCGAAGUCCUGCGGAGAGGCCAAUCCUUUUUUGAAAAGGUAUACGGCAAGAUAGCCAAGAGGAUCAUGGGCCAGAUGGAUAGGUCUGGCACUGAAGACCUGGGGCUGACCGCGCGACUGGUGUACGGGCAUGUACUGAGCAACAUCAGCAUCCUCUCGCCAAUAGAGACAUCUUUCGUCAUGAUCGCGGGACUCAUUCCGCAGGAUGUGAACCCUCAGCUCAAGGGCCAUCUCCGGGGUGCGCUCAAUGGGGGCGCGACCGUUGAGGAGGUGCGAGCAGUUCGGGAAGUUGCCAUGCAGAUCUGUGAGGCUUCUGGCAUGCAGAGGCUGGCUGAAGAUGCUGUAGGGGGGUGGGGAUGGAGGACUGAGGUCGCCAAUGUGUAAAGCUCCCCUGCCUGCACUGGAUGGAAACUCUGGUCUUAUUCCCGCUGAAACUC